UCGCAUCCAGCAGUGUUCCGAGCAUGUCACCUGUCUAGCUCGUAUCCAUGUCCAUGAUGCACAGGCGCUGGCAGAUUGUAGCUCACACGGCCACGAAGGACAAUCAAUCCUCGCUACAUCGUCCGAACAUACCGUAUACUGGUAUACUGCUGGGCAGUCUGGAAAACGAUGACAUUUCGAGAACACAUUGUAAUUUAUUCAAUGCAAACGACUUGACUGUUUGUUUGUCUUUCGACAAUUCUUUCUCCACAGUCCGAAUAGCCGGCACGUUGAAGGAAGCUGAAAUCCAAUCGAUCCUCUUCGUUGUGUCCGACUUGCCAGUAUUCAUUGUGUCCUCGCAAGCGGUGCGUUUCGGUUUAUUGAUACACGAUUUAGAAGUACAUGUAGUCCUGCUAUCAGUAUCACUGCUACCUGCGUGUACUACUAGUAGUAGUACUACCACCAGGCACCACUGUUGUUGUUGUAUCUGCUGUGACGACUAGAAUGGCGAGUAGCAGCUCGCUACCACCACCACUGCAAGCAGCAGGAGGAAAUCGCAGUGAGAUAGCUGGUGAACACGGACUGCACACUCACGCAUUGGUAUCUGGUAUGGGUGGUGGUGAUGGCGAAGGUGGUGGUGGGCAGGAUGGCCAGGCGGAGGAGAGGUUCCGAGUUGACCGCCGCAAACUGGAGAUGAUGAUUGCCAACUCUGCGACCGGUGCGCACGAUAGGAGUCGUAUGCCUUGGAAAGGAGGAGGCGGUUAUGGCGAAGCAGCGGCCACAGUAGCAGCGACGACGGAAGAAAGCGGCGAGCAAUUCUUCCAGAGAAUAAUGAAGCAGACUAACACUAUCAUCACUUGGCCAUGCAAGCUGAAGAUCGGGGCAAAGUCCAAGAAAGAUCCACAUGUGAAGGUGCGAGGCGCUGCCAGCGAUGUAGCACGUGCUAAGGAGCUGAUUGUAGCAGUGCUAGACACCAAGGCCAGUCGAGUAGCGCUGAAAAUGGACGUGCCUCACACGGAGCAUUCACAUGUUAUUGGAAAGGGUGGCGCGAACAUCAGGUCAAUCAUGGAGGAGACCAACUGCCACAUUCACUUCCCAGAUUGCAGUGGCAGUGAGCGGCGUGCAUACGCGGAGAAGAGCAGCCAGGUCUCCAUCACCGGUCAGCCAGAGUGUGUGGACAUUGCUCGCCAGCGGAUACGUGCCAUCCUGCCGCUUGUGUUCUCUUUCGAACUGCCGCCGGACACCGACCCGGACUCCACAGCUCCUCACAUACAGCAGAUUCUGACGGCACACAACGUGAGCAUCUCAUUUCGCACGCGAUCGCGUUCCUCCGUCCUAUUCUGCCAGGUACGCGGUUGCCAGUACCAGGAGAGGGACGUGGUGGACGCUACUGAAAAGCUCUGGGAGCAAUGGAAAGGGCCGACGGCAGACUGUGCUGGCAAGCCACUGGUGCUGGUCACGUCAACAAUGGAUGUGGCACCACAGCACCACUCUGCAUUGCGUGGCCGAUCCAACAGCAACUACAAGCAGAUCGAGAAAGAGACCGGUGUCCACGUGGUCUUCCCGUCGUCCGGCACUUCGUCCAGCAUCAUGCUGAGCGGCAAUGCUAUGGCUGUGUGCACGGCGCGGCGCAUGUUCAUUGACCACCUGCCCUUGCUGCUCAUGUUUGAUGUGCCGGAAGAGAAGGGACUGAGCGCAUCCGCUCUGUCCUCCAUUGCCGACUCUUUGGCUGAAAACUCCGACGUGCACGUUUCCAUAACGCCCAAAGCUAAGCAGACCAGCCACAGUGUCAAGAUCAAGGGUAGCGAGGGCAAGGCACAGCAGCUGUAUGACGCACGCCGGGCAUUGCUACAGCUGGACCGCAAGUCUUCUGCGCAGAGCCCACUGCGCAAGCUCACCAGCAGUCAGCUGCUGCAGAGUCUGCAGGCGCAGCCAUUGGCCGACGCAGGCAACUCGGUCGACCUACGGCCGGCCGCAGGAUCACUGUCACUGAGCUGGUCUGCUCAGCAACUACAAAUGGAAAGUAGCAAUCGCAGCAAUAGUAGUCAAACGGCGGCUGACCUCCAGCCCUUCCAGUUCCAGAGAGGUUUCAAUGAGGACAUUUUUAGAUCAGACAAUGGAGAUCGGCUUGCUCUGGGUAGCCUACCCUCGGCUACUAGUUUGAAAAUAUCGGGGCUGUCGGAUAGUUUCGGACAUUCGUCGGAUAAUGGAGAGCAUGGUGCUUCAUCGUCAGCUCACAGAGGACCUCCGCCGGGCAUUCACACACCACCGCGAUUUUCACCCCGCCGCACACCAUCAGAGUCGCCGGCCAAACCAGCUACUAGUACAGCACUUACUGGAAGUGCCUUGAACAACUCUGCUGGCCGCCGCACUAUGAUGGAUGCCCUGGCGAAGCUACCCCAAGCUAAAGACCAGCACGCCAUGGUGAAGAGCUCAUCCUUGGAUUCACAACUCUCAUCCAAGUUCUCAGCGGCGGCCGGUCAAGGCACUCAUCCGGCAACGCGACUGCAGGCCGCUGUUGACCGAGGUACCGCACUGAGCCGCCAGAGCCAGCAGCAAUCUGUCACUGCCCUCUCAUCUUCCAGUACGCAGUCAGCUACUAUGCUGGAGACAGUGACCGGAUCAAGUAACGUCAACACUGUGCCAGCUGACUACGAUGUCCUGAGACAAAAGGCGGCCAAAGCCAUACAAGAAGGCAGACACUUGACAACGGAGGUCGUACGAACUCCUACAGACCUAUGGACUGGACAUGGCUUUAGUAAAUCCUCCCCGGAGCAUGUGCUGCGUGAACAGCUGGCACAGCAGCCAAAGUUUAACCCCAGCAUGGCGACAAUGUACGAAACCGAGAAUGUCACUGGCAUGACAACGAUGUACGAGGCUGAUGAUGGAACUGCAGCUGGUUCUGCUCUUGGGGAUGGUAAAGAUGGAGGUGGAGACCAGCAGGAGGUAGACGAACUGAUGCCGGGAUCCAUACCGGUGCCUACUGACUCUACAGUCAAGCAGUCUCAUUUCCAUCCCACAAGUUCAGCACAACAGAUUCCGACAAAGACCCAAGCCGCUAUGACGGCAUCCUUUGGCUCUAUUGGCGACUCCCCGUCGAAAAACCGACCUCUUAACCAGACGGAAGUCAACUGGUCAUUGUGGCAGACAUGGCAGCGAACAGCAGAUCAGGCAGAAACAGGAGCAGCCGGCAAGCCUGAAAGCAAAGCACCGGCGGCUGGAAGCACGUUUUGGAGUGCAGAGCAGGUGCGCGACUUGUCCAGUCUGCUAAGCCUCCUUGAUCUAAAAAAGUACCAAGCGACGUUUGAUGAGCAGGAAGUCGACCUUCCGAUAUUCUUGACACUUAAUGAAGCCGACCUGAAGGACAUCGGCAUUGGUACAUUUGGUGCACGGCGCAGGAUGAUGCUGGCUAUCAAUGAACUAAAGCAAGUUUAUCAGCAGCAAAUGGAGAGCAGGUCAGCCAGUGCCAUUGCUACUGCCACUGACGUAACCACCACAACUGCCGCCGCUGCUGCUGCACGUUGGCCCAGCAGCAGGCCAGCCAGUACAACCCAGCAGCACCAUCAGCAGCAGCACUAUACGCACAUUGGCGGCCGACAGUUCAUGCAGCAUCGCCUGGCCGAGCGGUUGGCUCCACUGCAGCCACCGCACACCAGCAGCUCGGGGACAAGUGGCAGUGGUGCCAGCAUCAGUGCGCCAAGCAGUGACUGCAGCAACAGCGAAGGAAGCGCUGGCGGUGUCCUGCAGGACUACCUCAAGUCCUCAACGGGACACAUGCCGUUCACCAGUGGCAAUACCAUUGCACCGACUGGUAGCGGUGGUGGUGGUGGUAAGCCCGCGGAGGUUCAUACUGUGUCACUGUCACAUAGUGGAGGCGGGAAAAGUUCUUUCCCUGUUUCACAGUCUACUCACUGGUAAGCAGCUGGACUGCUGCUACAGUACUUUGCUGCUGAUAGAGUGUGCUAGAUUACUGCCACUUUCUCCUUCCUUUCUUCCUUCUGCUCUUCUUUUCCCCUCCUUGAUAUGCCCGUGCUUUGUUACUGGCAUGCCACUGAAGCUAACUCUGUUACGUCAAGAUUCAUUCCAAAGACAUGGGGGGGGGGGGGGUCCAAACAGUAUCUCUAGUCUCCCAUUUUUAUUAUUAUUGUGUGCGCGUGGCAAAUUUAGGCACAGUGUUUCAAAUCUCUUAUCAAUGUUACGAUACUUGGUCCAGGUAGAACUAAUUUCUUGCUUCUGUGCAUACUGCGAGAAGUGCCCUGUGUCGCACUAUAUACCGGUACUAUUACUAUAUUUUUCACUACUGCACUUUCUUUGCCUGUGACCUUGUGCAAUACCUAGUAUUGAAGCCCUAUUCUUCAGAGCUAAGCAUGCACACUACAAAUAUUCCUUGUAGCCGUGUGUUCUCGUGCCUGCCAUCAUGUUGUCAUGGCAGUGUUCACACUGAUAUCCUUUUACCUAGCUCAGCCCGGCCUGCAUUGCUAUACUGAACUGUGAAAUGAGCCCCCGUGUACGGGAUACUUGCUAUCAACCAUGCAGCCACAACACGUACUAAUUUGAACUUCAAUCCCAGCAGAAUAGCAAGCGUCCGCUGUGUUUGUGGCACUGUUGCCGAGGUGGAGUAUACCCACCCACAGUAUGAUUGUACAGUUGCGCUCGGUGAAAUCUGACCCAUACUGGGUCAUAGUGCUUA